GUCGCAAUCGCCGACAACUAUUUUCUGAUAUUGUCGAUCAGCUCGACACAAAACGUGCGACUUAUAUCGUGCUAUCUGAUAUCGUUAACGGACCGCUCUCGGAGGCAAAAAUCAGAAUCGACCAAUUUCUCAAGAUUCUUCGCUCGCGCGACGAUCGACUGAUUUUCAAAGUGGUGCAAUUUGUGAUUUGAAAAACAAAUCAGGAUGCCGACGUGUGCCUGCCAGGACAGGAUUCUGGACGAAUCGGAGGAGCACGUUUGCUCGCUAAAGCUACCUAUGGAGAAGGACAAGGUCAUGGAACCCAGAGAAUACGUCAAUCCGGUUAGGUACAGCGAUGGCUCCGUACGAUUACGAAACCCCAAUAUCGAACUCAUGGAUCAGGACAUAUUGUACCAUCUCGCACUCGGCAGCGGUUCCCACGAUCUGGUUGAGAUGUUUGGUGACGUUAAGUUCGUCUGCAUGGGCGGAACACCGAAAAGGAUGGAACAUUUCGCUAACUACAUCAUGCAGGAGAUAGGUCACAAGCUGCCAGCUGGAACGACCCUCCUCGAUAUCACCAAAAAUUCCUAUCGCUAUUCAAUGUACAAAGUCGGCCCGGUUCUCUCUAUCAGCCAUGGAAUGGGUAUACCUUCAGUAAGCAUUCUGCUCCAUGAAGUUAUCAAGCUGAUGUACCAUGCAAAAGUAAAGGAUCCAAUUUUCAUCAGGAUUGGCACUUGCGGUGGUGUCGGCUACGAAGGUGGUACGGUAAUCAUCUCGGAAGAAGCUCUCGAUGAAAUGAUGAAACCUUAUAUGGAAUUGAUGGUACUCGGAAAAUUGGUGCGCCGACCAGCCAAACUCGACCGACAGCUGGCUCGUGAUCUAAAAGGCCUGGCUCAUCGCGAUGAUCCCUAUGACACUGUGAUCGGCAAAACUAUGUGCUCAAACGACUUCUAUGAAGGCCAAGGCCGCCUGGAUGGCGCAUUCUGUGAGUUCACCGAGGCCGACAAAAUGGAAUACCUCAUGAAAUUACAGAAGGCUGGCGUGGUGAAUAUCGAGAUGGAGAGCCUCUGCUUUGCCGCUCUAACAAACCACGCCGGCAUUCAGUCCGCCGUCGUGUGCGUGACACUGUUGGACCGACUCAAAGGCGACCAGGUUCUGGCACCCAAAGAAGUAUUGGAAGAAUGGCAGAUGCGACCGCAGAAGCUGAUUGCACGCUACAUCACCACGUACCUUCAACGCAAGGGCCGUCUCUCUCUCGAGGGCUCACAUGGUUCCAUGUACGUGAAGAGUCCGCGCCGAUUCAUAUCCGAGAAUUAGGAUUAAAUGAUUCUUAAACAAAUCCGAAUAUGCAGCCGCGAAGAUCUCCCAAGAUAUAAUCGGACACGUCGCCGUCGGCUCGACUAUCGGAUGUACUUAUGCCGCUCAAGCUGCUGUAUCCGUUUAUUUGCUCGCGAAAAGUUGAUUUAUUCGCGAAGAAAGUCGCGUGAUAAUAGAGUAUUGAAGUACAGAAGAGACAAAGGAUUUGAGGAUAGGAUUGGAUUUGAACAAUUUACAUAUCAUGCACCACAAUAGGAUAUUUUUGGCGCUUCUUGACAAACGCAAUUAUUUUAAACGUUUUAUUUCUGUGCAUAAUAUUCAAAUUGUUCAAAUCUGCUUCUUCGUUAAUUAAAUCUUCCCUUAGAUAGAUUCCCACUCGAAAUAUUUAAGAACAAAAAUUUUGUGGAUGAGAAUAUUUCCGAGAACAGUUGACUUGUAAUAGUUAAAUUGCGCAAUCUUGCCUUGCAUUUUAGACUGCGUUCCGUUAUUCACUGCGAGUAUUGAAAAUCUAUGCCCAUAGAUUCAUAAUCAGACCUUGUACUUAAGGUUUCGUUAAAUUUAUUUUUAGAUGAUCAGUAUUUUUUGAUCAGCCAUUGAAAUAAUUCGUAGAGCAUCUGAAGAUAAAUUUAAGAAAGAAAAUUUAAAUAUAAGGAUUGAUUUUAAAUACGGGAAAUAUAAGGCCUGAUUUUAAAUACGGGCCUUAUAAUUCAUGUUACACAUAUACCAUAGAUUUUCAGUAAACACAGUGAGUAAUGGAACGCAGCUUUAUUGUGCGUAUAUCAAUUUUGUUAAAUAUUCAAUUGGACUUCAAAUUAGAUUUAUUUUAUCGACGAGUUCCCCGUACCCUGCGUUCUGUAGAUUAUUAAUAAUAAUCGUAAUAUUAAAAGUAAGUACAGUUCCUCGCAUUGCGAGAAAGCACACCGCCGUUGCGCACACCACGAGAAUGCGUUAAUUCCUGAGACCUCCGAAAAUUAAAUCAAUACCGAAGCAACCGCCAAAGUUGCACUGCUCGUUCCGUGCGGUGAUCCAAGUACAAAAUGUGCAGAAACUUACUACGAACUGCGCUCAAAAACAAUGCACAUUUUUCACGAUCACAUAUCUUUCGAGGUUGGAUUGCAUCAUUCUUGAUCAACGUGAUCUUUGAUCGUAAUUAAAAAUUGUCUUUCGAUCUGUAACAUUAAAUGCAAUUGAAGCGUUAACUUUAAAUUUUCGCUGUUCAGAAGAUCAAUAAAAAGUACUCGAUACAUCCAAAAUGUACACAAUUAUGAUCGCUGCUAUGCAAUAAGAAAUAUUUGGAGGACGUUAAUCAAAAUGGUGCAAUCGGUCUCGCGUAGUUCUGUAGAGAUUUAAUUUUAGGAUUCGCUGGCAAGAACGCUACAACACGCGUUUAUGCAUUCGCCGAUGAUGCACGACAUUUGGAUGAUUUUUUUUCUUUUUCUCGUUAAACGAGCGACAAUGAUUCUCUCGUAAAUCUUCAGGGAUUUGUAUUGAGAAAUUAGACGAAAUCCGCUAACGGACCUAUUUCACGGUUUAUUACGAGGUUUGCGUGUUGCGUCGAGAGCAGUUUCGAGAGAACUUGUAAAUUUAGCUACGCGCGUCCGCCAGCGUGUGACAUACGCACUCGGCGACGUGGAAUCUAUGUAUUAGCACUUUUAGCAGUUUGGUAGGAAAGCACAUUCCAUAUAUAAAAGAAUUAUAUAUAUAAAUAUAGUCAAACAACUAGCGCGUUUUCGUUCGACUGUUACUCGUAACGUGGGCAGAGACUAUGUACACAUAACAUGCAAUAUACAUAUAGAUGUCGGGAACACAUUCAUGAAAAUGCCCUAAACUGCAUGGAGAUUGGAUUAGGAAUUACAAUAAAAAUAACGUUUCAACA